AUGUCACAGACACCACUGCCGACCGUCUCGAAACCCGGUGCCACACCGUAUACCACCACCGUGACCAUCACUCGCACCAAUUCCGCUGGCCAGCUCUACACCACCACAACGUCUAUUGUCGUAUUCCUCAGUCCCACCAGCAAGGACAACACAGCCGUCAUUGCAGGUGCCGUAGUCGGUGGCGUCGGUGGCGCUCUCGUCAUCGCCGUACUCGUGUGGCUCUGCUGGCGGCGCAGGAAGCGCAGCGUCGUGUUCCCCGACGACAUCUUCCAGCCUGGUGAGAGCCGAUUCUCAAACUCUGCAGGCGGCGGCAUUCUCGACGAAGAACCCGAGCCCGUCACCAUGAUGGGCGAGCCCAGCAUGAUCAGCCCGUUCCCGAACAACGCAGCCACGUAUUCGACGUCGUACGAUGCCUCGGCGGCAUCGGCAAGUCACGCGCGGUCGUAUUCGCAGACCAGCUCGUCGCGACUCAGCGGGCAGUACCAGGACUCGCAGGACCACCUUAACCCUAUGGACAACAGGGCCCUCUCACCCACCAGGGCUCUCUCACCCGCCGAAGCCAAGCGGCGCGAGGCGUACGGGCCAUACGAGCGAGCAGCUGCUGGCAUUACGGGCACCACCCCGCUCAUGGACAACUACUACCAGUCGCCACCGGCCAGUGUGGCGGGUACCUCCACCUCGGAACCGUCCACCUUCUCAGGAGCGUCCGAAUACAGCGAUGGGUCACGCACCGGUCUGCGCGCAGCCGCGAACCCGUUCGGCACGCCCGGGCGUUCAUCUGAAAAGGACAGGGACUACUUCUCGACCUCGAACAGCCGUACGCGACCACAGUCGGACCCGUUCCUCUCUCCCGACCAGUCAUCGCAGCACCUUCCGUCGGGAUCUGGAUCCGCCCCCGACGAUGCGUCCUUUGCCGACUCGCGGCUUUCAGAUGUCAGCGAGGAAACCGCGGGAGGUAGCAGGGGUGCAGGGCGACUCGGCCCCGCGUUUGCCGGCGCGACCAGUCCACGCAGUUUUGGGGCCACGAUGGAGACUGAGGAAGGCGACGAUGAGGGACAGCCAGACUCUGGACACGCGCAGGACAUCAUGGUACACCGAGACAUGGGGGCUCUGGAGCUCCCACCGACCUACGACUCUAUUCCCGGCAGCGGCAGGUAG